AAGACCGCAAAUGCUGCCGCUCCUGGUGAUCACGAUGAGCACGGCGCCGGCGGUGGCACCCUUCCUGGUGCUCCAGAUGUCACGACCGAGCAGCUGCAGCAGAUCCUCCAGAGCGUGCAGGCCGAGCUUGAGCGGCGCGCGGCGCUGCAGCGCGGGGCGCCCGAAUCGAAGCGGAACUCGAUCUUGUGCGCCUCGGGCAAGGCGUUGCCCAGCGAGGCGGAGGUGCACGCAUGGGCGCUGCUCGUGCUGCUACAUGGCCGCGGCGCGGACGGCUCGUGGGUCGCCGUCCCGACGCUCGUCGACCAGUGGAUGAACGUCGUGCUGCUGCAGUCGAGUCGCUACAAGCAGUUGCGCGAGCGAUGGCAGCCUCCGACCGACGAUCCGGAGUGGCGUAACUUGGCUCUCGCCAAGGGCCUCGUCCCGUCCUUGCUCAGCCAAGCCGCCGCUCGGGCGGCGGAGCCGCUCGCCCACAUCACGCGCACGCUGGUGCAGCUCGAGGUCAUCGACCACGACGUCGGGCAGACCGCGCUCUCGAACUAUCUGAAGAACUGCCUCGCCAAGUCCAAGGGCAUCUCGGGCCCGUCGUACAACCCGGCCAACGGCUCCCACACGCUACACCGGCACAUCGCCGCGGCGGUGCCCGUCGCCUCGCUCCUGAAGGUGCGCGGCAAGGAGCUGCUCUCGGCGCUGCACCGCACGCGGGAGGAGCCCGAGGCGGCGCCUUCGUACACCGAGCUGCAGGCGAGCGCCGACGCGUCGGCGGCCGCCGCGCGGCGGGAGCAGCAGCGCUCCUCGCAGCUGAGGGCGCAGGUGAAGACGCUCCAGGAGGUCAGCGUCAACGCGGUGCGCAAGGAUGCGGAGCGCGAGGCGAAGGAGAAGGCGGACGCGACGACAUAGGGUGAUGCGAUACGGCGGUAGAUGGCCGAGGAUGCAGACGGACCGUGGUAUGUGUGUUGUGUA